UAAAGAAUUCUCCCAGUGUGCGCUGUUCUCAGAGCGAGCAAUUUUCCAACAGAUACGACACCAGACGAGAGGGAACCUCGAGCCAAGAAAGCGAGAGGGGGAAGCUGCGGCCGCCGGCCGAGCGAGCUCGCCGUCCCCAUCCACCCCUCUCACUCUCCUCUUCCUCCUCUCUGUCUUUCGCUCCGUCCAGCCGCCGCGUAAUCCGCGGAACCAGAUGCCCUCAUCCGCCCUCUGAUCGAAUCCCGCGAGAAAGGCCGGUUCUCUGUCCUGCCGUGCCGGCGAUCUUGAUGGCAUUGGAGGCGGGGAGCAGCGGCUGCGGCGGGAGGGGAUGGGGCGGCGGGUUCCGGAGCCUGAUGCGGCGGAAGCAGGUGGACUCCGACCGGAUCCGCGCCGAGGGCCAGCCGCAGCUCGCCAAGGAGCUCAACGUGCCGGAGCUGGUCGCCAUCGGAGUUGGUUCCACAGUUGGAGCAGGAGUAUAUGUUCUUGUGGGAAUAAUUGCUAGGGAGCACGCUGGUCCAGCAUUGACAAUUUCAUUUCUGAUAGCUGGAAUAGCAGCCACACUUUCAGCUUUCUGUUAUGCUGAGCUUGCUAGUCGUUGCCCCUCUGCUGGAAGUGCCUACCAUUAUUCAUACAUCUGUGUUGGAGAAGGUGUUGCCUGGUUGAUUGGCUGGGCUCUAGUGCUGGAAUAUACUAUUGGUGGAUCUGCUGUUGCCCGUGGUAUAUCUCCAAACUUAGCCUUGUUUUUUGGAGGACAGGAUAGUCUGCCAUGGAUUUUAGCACGCCAUCAGCUUCCAUGGUUUGGUAUCAUUAUUGAUCCCUGUGCAGCUGCUCUUGUUUGUGUUGUGACUGUUUUACUCUGCAUGGGAAUUAAAGAGAGUUCAUUUGCACAAGGAGUUGUAACAGUUCUGAAUGCUUUUGUAAUGAUAUUUGUUAUUGUAGCUGGUAGUUAUAUUGGCUUCCAAAUAGGAUGGGUCGGCUACAAGGAUUCUGAUGGGUAUUUCCCAUAUGGAGUAAAUGGAAUGCUUGCUGGAUCAGCAACUGUUUUCUUUGCAUACAUAGGCUUUGAUACAGUUGCUAGUACAGCUGAAGAGGUUAGGAAUCCACAGAGAGAUCUUCCAUUGGGAAUCGGAGUAGCGUUGGCUAUUUGUUGUGCAUUGUAUAUGGCUGUUUCUGUUGUUAUUGUUGGGCUGGUACCAUAUUUUGCCAUGGACCCAGAUACUCCUAUUUCAUCUGCCUUUGCAAAACAUGGAAUGCAAUGGGCCAUGUAUGUUGUGACAACUGGUGCUGUUCUUGCACUCUGCUCGAACUUGAUGGGCUCACUUCUUCCACAGCCUAGAAUACUUAUGGCCAUGGCACGAGAUGGCCUGUUGCCAUCCUUCUUCUCUGAUGUUAACAAGCAAACUCAAGUACCUGUUAAGAGCACAAUUGUGACAGGCAUCUGUGCAGCUGCUCUGGCUUUUACAAUGGAUGUCUCACAGUUAGCAGGAAUGGUCAGUGUAGGCACACUCCUUGCAUUCACCGUAGUUGCUGUUUCGAUCUUGAUACUCAGAUAUGUCCCUCCAGAUGAGGUCCCUUUGCCACCCUCUCUGCAAGAAUCAUUCCGUUUGAACCAGGAAUGCGAUGAGGAAAGGGACAGGGCUCUUCUUGGAGUUGGGAACUGUACCUUGUCUCAGACAAAGGAUGUGAUUGUGGUAGUAGAAUCAGUUAAGGACCCUCUCAUUGAUAUACCGCUGCAUAAAGGCAAGAUGGAUGAGACAAAGCGCCGAAAGAUAGCCUCUUUAAGCAUAGGAUCUGUGUGUAUAGGGGUUCUGAUCCUCACAUCUUCAGCCUCUGCCACAUGGUUGCCUUUUCUCCCGAUAUGUAUUGGCUGCAUCAUUGGAGUUGUGCUCCUUCUGGCUGGCCUCAGUUUGCUCUCCUGGAUCGACCAAGAUGCUGGCAGGCACUCUUUUGGUCAUUCUGGAGGAUUCACAUGCCCUUUUGUUCCAGUGCUGCCAGUUUUGUGCAUCCUGAUAAAUACGUAUCUGUUGAUAAACCUGGGUGGUGACACAUGGAUGAGAGUUGGCAUAUGGCUGCUGAUGGGUGUUCUCCUGUACAUUUUCUACGGACGAACCCACAGCUCCCUAACAGAUGUCGUCUACGUUCCAGUAGCGCAGGCUGAUGAGAUGUACAGGAGUUCAUCAGGAUAUGUAUCAUAGAAAAGAACAGCCGCAGUUACUUCAAGGUGGUUGGUCAUUCAGUUGUAGAUAAUUGGUUAUCAACCAGGAAAGAGGGGAAUUGGCUGUUAUUUCUUUCAUGCUUGGCCAACAAGAUCUCGUGGAUGCAACUUUGCAAGAUAUAUAUGAUGUUCACGAGCCUGGUCAAUUUACACAUUGUUUGUUGGAGUGUGCGUAGAUGUGGUGUAUAUAAACCCAGCUGGGUGGAAUGAUGUGGUACAUAAUUUAUGCAAUUCAUGUAAAAGCCCUUUCUACCUUUCUACUGAAAUGGGAGAGCAUUUAAAGGGCAUAUUGAAACAGUACAUGAAUGGCAAGAGAAGCUACCUUUUUUUAUAUC